CCAGCUGAGUUAGCAGCACUGCUAAAGACCCAAACAUUGUACCCCCAUGUUUAGUAUAUUGCAGCGCAAUUAAAUUAGAUACGUACAUUUUUUGUGGCCAGUGCUGCAGUGCAUCGUCACUAAAUUCACCACAUCCUACGACGAGAUGUCAAGGGUUUAUCUGCUGCCGGUAGCCACGUUCCUGAUCUUCCAGGUAACCUUCAUUGGCACGUACAUUUUUGCAGUUCUGGAAGGGCAUGUUGUGCCCACUGUUCCCUACAUUAGCGAUGCGGCCACAUAUUCACCUGAGAGCUGUGUGUUCGGGCAGCUCAUCAACAUAGGCAGCGUUCUGCUGGGAAUUACUAUCUACGUGCGCUAUCGCCAUGUGCUGCAACUUUACGAACACCAUCCGGACCUGGACGCCUCGGUGCUCCGCCAGAACCGCUUGGCCCUGUGGUUUGGACUGGUGUCCUGCGUGGGCAUUAGUUUCGUAGGCAAUUUCCAGGAAACGAAUGUACGGAUUGUGCACUUCAUAGGAGCUUUUUGCUGUUUCGGCUGUGGCACCUUAUACUUUUGGAUGCAGGCGCUUAUCUCGUAUCUAAUCUUCCCCAUGUCGGGCACACGCAUUUACGCUCACCUUCGUCUAGCAAUGUCCGUGGUGUGCACAAUACUGUUCAUUCUAUUGGCAGUCACGGGCGUGAUGUCGCAUAUCCUGUUCAAGGGACAGAAUCCGCGGAAGUGGUAUCCCUCGGACGGCGGCUGGUACUUCCACGUGGUCAGCUCUAUUUCAGAGUGGAUCAUUGCCACCAUUUUCAGCUUCUUCAUCCUCUCCUUUACGCAGGAGUUCCGCGACGUGUCUCUGUCGCACCCAUCGAUCGCCCUGAUGUCCUACGCGACCACCAUAUAGAGUUAAGCAUUUUAGUUUUACAGUAGAGAUAUUAGGCUGGAUUAGCCAGCGAUUCUUUAUCCAGCUUCAACAUUUUAUGUUUAAUCCCAGGGCAAUGGCACGGAUCUCGAGGAUAAUGUACUUGUUCGGGGUUUUCAACUGCUGCCCCUUGACUACCAUCCUUCUCGUUCUAAUGCUCUUUCUCUGUUGGAUUGCUGUGAUAUAUGCAAAGUGUUUCCCAAAGAUUGGCAUUUGUUCGUCCCAAAUGGCGAACAGCUGUUUGAUUGAGGAGUUACAUUUAUUGUUUACCCGAGUUAGUUUUUACAUUACACAUUAGAAUUACUAAAUCGAACUAAUCGGCAGAAAUGAUCUGUAAAUCUGUAAAAUACAAAGCAAUUAAAUGAAAA